CCUCGGCCAACCUUCAUCCAACAAAGGCCCCAACUCCAAGGCUCAAACUUUCAACAACCGUACCAACCACAAGGAGCCCUAGGUUUUCAACAACAACAUCAACCCGACAAGUUAUCCAAGCUUUAGGACCUAGUGAACACCUUUGUGAGUACGAGUAGCAAAAAAUUCGAGAAGAUUAAUUGAGCAAUUAAUGAAUGUGGCGACUACCAAGUUUACCUUGGUUGAGGCGGGUCUCCGAAGCCAUCAAGCAAGCCUUCAAAGUUUGGAGGUGCAAAUCGGCAACCUUGCCGGUAUCCUCACCGAGAGACCCAAGGGAGCCUUACCUUCCCAAACCGUGGUGAACCCCAUGGAUCAAGCCGGGGUGAGUGCACUUCAAGUGAGGAGUGUGAAGGUGGUUCUGGAGGUCGCCACGGGAGAAGAAAUAGAGAAGGAAGAGUCAAACAAGGAAGAGACCACCCCGAAAAGGAGAGAGAAGAAGCCCUCGAGGAAUGAGAGGAAGGUGGCAAGGAAGGCAUUGCCGGAGGAUGGAUAUGUGCCACCUCUUCCUUAUCCCACAAGGAUGUACAAGGAGAGGUUGGACAACGAGUGUGGAGGGUUCAUGGAAAUGCUACGCAUCCUCCACCUCAAUGUCCCAUUCCUCGUAUCCAUGGCGCAAAUGCCAAGAUAUGCCAAGUACCUCAAAGGAUUCCUCAUCAAGAAGCCAAGGCUUGAAGGUCUCGCCAAUGCAACUCUUGGCGAGGAGUGCUCGGCUUUCCUCCUCGACCACUUUCCCAAAAAGAGGUCCGACCCAGGUAGCUUUACUAUCCCUCUUGAUAUUGGUGAUCACCAUAUAGACAAUCCCUUGGCAGACCUAGGAGCUAGUGUGAAUGUGAUGCCCUACAAGCUUUUCAAAAAGUUAGAAGUAGGUGAACUUAAGACCUCUAAGCUUAGCAUCACCUUAGUCGACCGUUCGGUCAUUAGCUCGAAAGGCAUAGUGGAUGACAUGAUGGUGAGAGUGGGCAAGUUUUGCUAUCCGACUGAUUUCGUGAUUCUCGACAUAAGUGAGGACUCGGAUAUGCCCCUCAUCCUCGGUCGUCCCUUUCUUGCAACCGCCAAGGCAUUGAUAGAUGUCAAUGAGGGAAGCCUAAUUUUGAGAGAUUGUAUGGAGAGAAUCAAACUUGAAUGAUCCUAAGGUGAGGAAUGAUGAAGUGAAGGGGGUAGUCUCAAAUUAUGUGAAUGAGAGUGGAGGAGAGCCUCCUAAGGGAAAACCCACACCAUUACUUGUGUUGUCUUUGAUGAUGUUGAGCAGGAAGUUAAUAAGGGUCUUAAGCCAAAAGGACCAAUAUUGAAUGCUUUGGGAAGAAGGAUGAAGAGAGCUUUGACCCGGAAGACGGGGGAGCCCGGAGCAAGGUGAACCAAGAGGGCCAACUCAAUGAGUCUAAGAUGGGAGGCUACAAGCCUCGCCCUGAGAGUGUGGUGGAUCCGCUCUCGGUGGCAUCACGUUUGAACUCGUGAUUGAUCCCCAACCGUCAAGCUAAUGACGAUAAACAAGCGCUUGUUGG